AUGCCGACAAAGACAAAGAAAAAUGGAGGCAAGAAAACGGCAGAGGCGGGUCCGGCAAGCGCAACAGCGCUUGGACUUGAUGAGAAACAAAAGCUUCAGGGUGCAGCUCUGAAGACAUACCUAAAGGAACGUGCCGAAAGCACACUGAAAUCGGCAACACACAACAAGAAAAAGAUUAUUGCCAAAUGGCUCCCUAUAAUGCGAGGAAUGAAGCUUCAAGAAAUAAGAAAAAACGCCGACGAUUACAUCGCAAACCGCGAGAUACAAGCAGAGCGCGCAGACGCCCGACUGGAAAUGAAAGAUCUUGAUUUGGAUGAUGCAGCAGAACACCAGCAUAUGAUUGUUUCUUCUCACAAGGUUAAUAUUAAGAAACUACUUGAUCUGCAGUCAGCGCGUAUGCACAAGCUGGAACAAAAAUAUAGGGAGCAUCUCUCCUUUCUUCAGCAGCAAUUUCAGGAAGACAUUGGAAACAUAGCUCAAGUUCACUCUGCGUUCAAGCAAGAACUUGAAUUGAUCGUUCAGCAAAUCGAGAAGGAAGAGACGCUGCGUGCUCACGAAGAAACAACAGAACACAACACACAGUAUGAGUUGAUUCGCAACAGAAACAUCGAGGCAGACCACCUGGUGGAAUCGGCGUUAGACGAGCAGAUCGAAAGCCUCAAGGAACGUUGCGAUACAGCUCUUCAGAACUACAGAUCAAGCACUGACGCAAAUGCUCACGAAUACAAAAAGCUGUUGCAGCAGGAUGUAACCCUGUCGAGACAGGUUGAUACCAAAUUGAAACAAGUCGAGAAAUUGCAAGCGGCUAUCGCUCACUGGAAGGCGAAGCUUGCCCAGAAUAGACAAGAGUGCGAAUCACGAAACGAGCAGAUGAAGGUAGAAAUUGAACAACUGCGGCGACACUGCAAGGAGAUGAAAGCACGAAUGAAUCGAGCACGAGAAUCCGAUAGACAGAGAUUGGUUGAUCUCUCGACCAACGCUCGAGAAUGCAAGAAAAAGCUCACAGACCAACUGAAACUUGCAGAACGAAUUCUUCGGACCGCAGAACUCUGCAGGAAAUAUGAGACACCGAGGGAGAAAAUUGCCCCGUUGCCGGCUCCACCAAAUUGCACAGCCCACGACGUGGAUUGGAAUGAAGUCAGCGAAGCGCUGAAAGAGGAAAUCCUGGAAGUGCUGGGCGACGACGGCACUGAUGAGUGGACUUACCUUGAUAAUUUCCUGAAGCGUUACAACAGAGUGCUCCUCGAUAAACUGGCCUACGAGAGGCGAAAGAAGGCCGUUGACGAACAGACUGAGACACUGAAAAGCAGACUGAACAGUUUCGUACAAAAUAUAUCAAUCAACAAGGACACAAUGACAAAACCGAACUCCCUGCUGCUGGUCAACGCAGCUGCAGCACCGUGCUAG